AUGUCUUCCCAAGCCCCUACCGGAGUUGUCCAGGACAACGAUUACGUGUCCCGACAGGGUGACCGUGAACCCAUUGGCGUUCUUGGCGACGAUGCCAAGGUCGAGGAUCCCAUUGACGCUGAGAAUGCCGACUCAGAUGCUCAGCUAGAGCGUGAUGACAAGGAGGCCAUUGACAAGAGCAACAUUGUGGAAGGUCGUACGCGUGGUGCCAAACCCACUGGCGAGUACCGUGAGCCUGGCGAUACCGAGGGGUUGGAGGACAAGCGCCUCGAGUAA